AUGCAAAGACUCGCCGCGCUCCAGUUCUGCCUGUGGUACGCAGCAGCCGGCAGGGAGUCCAGAAGCCUGGUGACGUCAGCACAGUCUAACGGUCCUCACGAGGACUUCCUGUGGGACCUGAAGGUUUCCUCCCUCAGGGCAUGCGCCUUGGCGUGCACAGUCGAUGAUAAGUGCUCUUUUUUCUCGUUUUGGAAGAAUUCCCUGGAAGUCGGUCCGCUGUGCCGUGGACACUCUCAGCAACCUGCUUCGACCUCCAAACAACCUAUUUCGACCCCGGAUGCCGUAACCUUCCAGGUCUCCAAAUUUUGGGUCAGCGAGGAAUCUCAGGGUUACUCUGGAAACACAGAUUCCACGCAGAGGACAGUUUAUAUGUCGGAGGACAACGGUAGUAAUACGGGUGGAGGGGUAGACGUUUCCAGCCCAUGCUCUCCCAUUCAGUCCACGCAGGCAGACGCGGGGACAGGCUCUCCUACCCUAGAAGAACUCACAACUGGCAAUCAGGAGGAAACAGCAACUGUACUGGCCUCAGACUGGUUUAACAUCAGGUGCCGGGACAGCGCCGACUGCACGAUGGCGAACUCUGAUUGUUUCUCCACUCGCUGCCUCUGUUCCAUCGGCUACUACUAUUCCAGUGGAACGAACACCUGUCUCAGAGGCUGUGCAGCGACCAACCUGACGGAUUCUUUCACCAGGUAUGCCUUUUAUUACAUUGAUGGCUACCACAACAAGACCAUGGUGGCUGACACACCUGGCCCCUGUCGAGAGUCGUGCGCUGCGGAAGCCUGGUGUCGAUCCUUUGACUACGAGGUCAGCACGCGCUCUGUGUGCAAACUGAACUCUGUGACCGCCCUGGACGUCCCCUCCGCUGACCUCCGAUUCUCCACGCGUCUCUAUGUCUCUCACUAUCAGAGGCAAUGCAACUGAACUUUAUUGUUUAUUACAGGUGAAAACGAAUUCAUUUCUAAAUCUUUCUCAUCUGCUGCUUUUAAAAAAGCAGUCGUUGGAAUCUGUUUUAUCUGAGCGUUUAGUCAGUGACUAUGUGUGUAAUUUCAAACGGUGGUAAUUUUGUGUACGUAGAUCAACAGUAAAGAUUUUUGUAGAGACCGUUAUAAGUAUUUCACUAAUUAGAAAACAAAACAUGUAACACCUGUUCAACUACUCUUUACUUUUCUGUGAUAUGUAACGUCUUCGACUUCUUGCACGCCGUCCAUUAUUUUUGUAAACAAUUUUAUUGUAAUUAAAUAAAUGUCUUAUGUUAUAUGUUUUCAAAGAGGAGAGCCAGAGUUUACCAUUCACUGCCUGUCUCUGUUCGGACAUCCGCUUUAAAAAUCGACAGAUGAGUGUUUCUCUAUUCACCUGGUACACUCUAUAUCCACCUGUAAAAAAAUUUUUUUUUAAAUAAAAAAAAAAAGCUAAAAAAAAAACAAAAAAACGUUCACCUCUCAUGUUUCUGUUUCCAGUGACCUGAACUCAUUGUUAUGUUGACAUGUAUCUGUAAUUGCCCUUGUAGAGUAAUACACUGGUGUUGUAUUAUAUUUUCUAGAUCAUUUCAUUACCAAGCAGCUAUAUCAGUAAAGCGUGUUGUAAACAUAGUGUUUUGAAUAUUCCUUUUUGCUAAGAGAAGAAUAUUUUGAGUAAUCAGUUCUAUCUGGCUGUGGACCGAGGUGACCAUUGUAUCCCAACGGAAGCGUAUUUUCACGUUGCCACCAGGUAAGUACGAACAGAUUACUUCAGGUGAGGCGGUUGCUUCUGUCGAAGUCGCUGAAAAUAGCUUUGUGAGUUUAGUGUCACGCAAACAACUGCUUUUGUGGUCUAGCACUUUGUCAAAUGAUUUCUGGGGCUACGGGAAUUCUCGUUGCAGUGUGGGAUUUCCUCGUAGGUGAUGAAAGCUUUCAUUUUCUUGUUUGCUUGCUUGAUCGCCAGAGUUUCUGAACGCUCCCUUAAAGGUGUAGAUCGAUUUUUGCAAUAACUAAAAAGCAAAAUACAAAAGAAAGAAAGAUAUCCGUUAAAGUAAGGUCCGGGAGGCUGAUUUUUUUUUUUUUUUUUUUGUAAUUAUCUCAGUGAAGGAAAAAAUUUCGGGAGCCUUCUGAAGCGUGACAUCAUCGACCUCGGCAGUCCGCGUUCAGAGAAACUUUGGAAGCUAUGAGACUUGUUCUGGCGCCAAUUCAACAACUUUUAAACAUUAUGAAGGGCUGCAUAGAGUUGACUGCGACAGGCAAAAUAAGUCAAGGCCUAAAACUGAUGACAGGUAAAGGUAAAAUAAACGAGGGCCCAAAACAACCGAGACAAUGUCAAACUACAGCAGGGUUACAUUAAAGAUCGCGAGCACCGUCUCCGUAGUCCGUAGCGUAGGGGCUAUCUUGCUAAAGAAAACAAAAACAGACCGAUUAAAAUAAACAAUUUCAGUAAGGGAGUAAACAUUGAUUUCUUCUAUCUUCUUUUAAAGACUUGAUUAUACAUAAAUAUCUUGAAAAAAUAAUUUUUCAGGUCGGAUCAGUAGCAAACGAAACACUGAAGAAUGGGAGAUAACAAGCUAAGCCUUUUUAAUGUGUCUUACGUCCCUUUGAUUACUUUCUCCUCUGUCAGUUUGAAUGAGUUUAGUGUUGGCUGUCGCUCGGGAGUUGACGUCUUACGACGAAAUCUUUUUUAUUUGCCACAAUAUUACAGUUCAUGUCUUGGAAAAUAAAAGACUUGUGAACCAA